CCCUCCCAGCGCCUGGGCGCCAGUCCCUGGCAGAGGGGACGGGCUGGGACCCCAGGGUUGGGACCUGUAGGGUGCAGCCAGCAGAGGCAGAGGCACCGAAAGGAAGAAAGGCAGAGGGAGGGUAGACAGAAGGUGGUGGAGCGAGACCGAGGGCAGUCCACCGAGACCCGCAGAGAGCGCAGGCUGGCAACCGGAGCCCCGCGCCCCAGCCAGGUAGCGCGCGACCGAGGCGAGGGGACCGCGAGCCCAGGGCAGGGGACGCCGAGCCGAGCGUUUCAGGCGAGCCCCGUGGUCCAGCCCUCCCGGUCCUAGAGCGCUCCCCUCGCGGGUCGCGGGAUUUUCCUAAGUGCGGGGACAGCGCUCCUCCUCCUCCUCCGCGCAGCACGCGCCACCCAUAGCUCCGGACAGCGGAGCAGAUAUCAGCCCAACACCCCAGGCGCGCGCAGCUCGCCAUGGACCCCAAGGACCGCAAGAAGAUCCAAUUCUCUGUGCCCGCGCCCCCCAGUCAGCUCGACCCCCGCCAGGUGGAGAUGAUCCGGCGCCGGAGACCAACGCCUGCCAUGUUGUUCAGGCUCUCGGAGCAUUCUUCUCCAGAGGAGGAGGCCUCCCCGCACCAGAGAACCUCUGGAGAGGGGCACCACCCGAAGUCGAAGAGACCCAACCCCUGUGCCUACACGCCCCCGUCACUGAAAGCUGUGCAGCGCAUUGCAGAGUCCCACCUGCAGACCAUCAGCAACUUGGGCGAGAACCAGGCCUCGGAGGAGGAGGAUGAGUUAGGGGAGCUUCGGGAGCUGGGGUACCCAAGAGAGGACGAUGAAGAAGAUGAGGAGGAGGAUGAAGAGGAGGAUGAAGAGGAAGACAGCCAGGCAGAAGUCCUGAAGGGCAGCAGGGGAACUGGGGGGCAGAAGCUAACUUGUGGCCGGGGUCUGGAGGGGCCCUGGGAGCGUCCGCCUCCUCUGGAUGAGCCCCAGAGACACGGAAACUCUGAGGACCAAGUGGAAGACCGAGCAGCACUAAGUGUGUCCGGGGAGGAGCCCCAGCGCCCUGCCCGUCCUGAGCCUGGCACAUAAGCGCAGAGUCCUGCAUCUCCAGGAGGAAGUGCUCCCCAGAAACCCGCUCUGUCCCACCCCACUUUGUACCCUUUCUUUCACCUGCUAGGGCUGCGGCUUCUGACCUCCUGAAGACUAAGGCUGAUCUAUGUUUGCUUUGGCUGAAGCCCAGAGUCCCCGAUGCCUCUCCCUGCCAGUCAUUCUAUUUCCCCGGUGGGAGGGAGGAGGUGAGGGAGAGCCCACACUGGAGAACUCAGAAGGCCAGAGACAAAUAUUUGCCCUUCACAAUUCUCCUCUCCAGAUUCACUCCCCUGGGCCCAAGAGACCCACAGGGCAGGCCCCUAAGAUCUGGGGAAAGAAGGCUGAGAGCCUGCAAGUGUCCUGAACCCCCCUCCCUUCUUCCCAUGGGGGCUUUGAGCUCCCACCCCUCUCACAGACGUCUACCGGGGUCCAGGUCUCAGGCAUUCUUUUCUACAGCCUCAAAAUUGGAUGUCGUCCCCUAUUGUCCACUCCUGCUGGGUGCCUGCAAGGUGGACUGGCAGAUGCUGCUUGUGGCGUUUCGCUUGUGCUGCGGUGUCAGGAAUGCCACUUAGUGUAUGUCCUUAGCGGGGCCAUACAGUGUGGGGAGCUUGGCUCCCCUUGUCCUCCAGCUGCUUGGCUCUCUUCCUUUUUCCCUGACCCCAGGCCUGAACUCCUCCUGCGCUGUAAUAAAUCUUUGUAAAUAA